GACGACCAGGCAGCCACGACGACACGGGGCGGGGGGGGGUGCAAAUUAUUAUAGGCGGAGUAUUAUUUUCAACGACAAGUGAAGUAGUGAUAUAAUUUAUUAUAUAUAAAUAAAAUCGAAGUAAAAGAAUUAAUUGUGAGGAAUUGGGCGGAGAGAUACAGCAUGAUGGAAAUAAUGUCGUGGCGAAUUCGGCGGGGUUUCGUGCUGGUUGUCUCGAGAGUGUUCAGUCCACCGUUAGGAGUCCGACGUGGGCGGGAAUCAUUUCCGCGGGGUUGGGCAAAUCCGAGUGCAACAGGGAAAGCGACGGCAAGGGAAGGGGGAGGAGGGGGAGGAGGAGGAGGAGGCGGUGACCCGUGUUGCUGGGGCUGUGGGCAGGGGCGGGAGUCGGGUCGAGGAAAUGGGACGAUCAUGGAAGUUGCCGAUGGGUUAGGGCCGUUAUUUGGGGAAUGGGACGCUCAGCGGGGCAUUAGUAUGGAUCCACGCCACGAGGGUGACGAGCUGAUGUGGCAUGCGCACGUGGAAAUAGAUGAAGGAGCGGAAACGUACUUCGAAUACAGCUACUGUGUCAUCGAUGAAGAAAGGAAUGUUCUCAGGAAGGAAGUCGUAGGACCAAGGCGAUUGCGGUUGCCCCGGGGCCUUCCCGAUAGUGCCUCCUGCGAGGUUAUGGAUUAUUGGCAGGAUGGAUCGUCCCCAGAAGUGUUGCUAUCAAGAGAAGCUUUCCAGCGUGUCAUACUGGGACCCACAGAGUUUGACUAUGUGGAUGAGGAAGAGAUGAGAGCAGAGGAUCCUCGGCUGGACACGUUUCAAUUUAACCAAAGAGAAUCUGUGAUUGUACGGUUCACAACAAAGUGUUCGUAUCUGGAGGAAGGCCAAGAAGUGUAUGUGCAAGGGAAUUCUGCGGCGCUGGGAAACUGGGAGUCUCAUCACUUGGGUGUCAGACUUCACCGCGUGACACAAUUUGAGUACGAGGCCUAUGUUAUCGUUCCGCUGCAAGACUUCCCCAUCACAUACAAGUAUAUGUUGAAGGUUGGGAAUGCAGAGCGAUUUCAGGAGAGAGGACCGGAUAGACGGCUGGAUUUAGAUUUGCAGCCGGGUUUCCGCGUGGUCAUCGUUGCCGACUCACAUAUCAGGGCAAUGUGCUGGAGGGGUGCUGGUGUAGCGGUGCCUGUUUUCUCCCUCAGAACAGAUGAAGGAGUUGGUGUCGGAGAGUUCCUGGACCUUAUGCCAUUAAUUGAUUUUGCAGCCAAAACUGGCAUGCGGCUGGUCCAGAUUCUUCCCGUAAAUGACACAUCAGUUCAUGGCAUGUGGUGGGACUCCUAUCCUUACAGCUCUUUGUCUGUGUUUGCUUUGCAUCCUCUCUAUCUCCGAUUGCAGAAGCUCACAACGGACUUUCCGGAUGAUAUCUGGCUGGAGCUUGAACGGGAGAGAAGCGAGCUGAAUCAGUUGAGAGACGUGGACUAUGAGGCAGUCAUGGCGGUUAAGCUCGCAAUUGCGAAGAAAAUUUUCCUUCGAGAACAGAAGGCAUUCCUGAGUUCAGAGCACUUCAGAGUCUUUUUCAACGAGAACAAGGGCUGGCUGGAACCAUAUGCGGCAUUUUGCUUUUUAAGGGACUUGUUUGGAACCUCGGACCACACACAAUGGGGAAAGUUGUCACACUUCUCAAGAAGCAUUCUUGAGAGGUUGGUCUCCCCAGAGUCGGAUCAUUACACCUCCAUUGCAUUCUCAUAUUACCUGCAAUAUCAUCUCCAUUAUCAGCUGAUGGAGGUUUCUGAUCAUGCAAGGGCCUGCCGAGUGGUCUUGAAGGGCGAUCUUCCGAUUGGUGUCGAUCGACACAGUGUUGAUACUUGGGUGCAUCCAAAGUUAUUCAGGAUGGAUACCUCAACAGGGGCACCGCCUGAUUUCUUUGAUGAGAGGGGACAGAAUUGGGGGUUCCCAACAUACAAUUGGGAGGAAAUGGCAAGGGACAACUACCGCUGGUGGCAAGACAGGCUUGGUCAGAUGUCGAAAUACUUCACUGCUUAUAGAAUCGACCAUGUACUUGGUUUCUUUCGAAUAUGGGAGUUGCCAUCGCACACAACUACAGGAAAACUGGGACGAUUCCGGCCGGCUUAUCCACUCACUCAGUCCGAGCUUGAGGUGGAGGGUCUUUGGGACUUCGAGAAAUUGAGCAAACCUUAUGUCAGGUCCCAUGUUUUAAAGGACAUCUUUGGGACCCGAUGGAAUGAAGUAGCAGCAAGAUAUUUUCAUGAGUAUGCGCCGUCAUGCUAUGAGUUCAGAGACGAUUACAAUACUGAGCAGAAGAUUGCAUCCGCCCUCCGCUGCAAGGAAAACUCUCCAGAUUGGCUUGAAAAGGAGUUGGCGCAGACGAAGGAGGGUUUGCUAGAGUUGCUGCAGAACGUAGUGCUGAUCAGGGAUACUGAUAAUUCGCGGGCGUUUCAUCCGACUUUCAACAUGGAAAACACACGGAGUUUCAGGGAUCUAGAUGAACACAGCAAGCAAGUCUUGCUAAGCAAGCACACAAACUAUUUUUACCAUCGUCAAGACAACCUCUGGCGAGAAAAUGCUCUCAAGACUCUGCCACAGCUCAUUGACGCGUCUCGCAUGCUUCCUUGUGUCGAAGACUUGGGAAUGAUUCCAGCCUGUGUCAAACCUGUUCUGAAUGAACUCGGGUUGUUGGGGCUUCGUAUCCAGAGGAUGCUGGGAGGGCCCGGAAGGGAGUUUGGAAUCCCGGUGGAGUACGAGUACGCCACGGUUUGUUCGCCUUCUUGCCACGAUACAAGCACGAUGCGCGGUUGGUGGGAAGAAGAUGAAGGUAGACGGCAACGGUACCAUGUGAAAGUUCUCGACAAAUCCUUGCCGUGUCCAGCAAAGUGCACUCCCGAAAUCUCAAGAGCUAUCAUUCAGCAGCACCUUGACUCGCCAAGUAUCUGGGCUGUGUUUCCCAUUCAGGAUCUGAUGGCACUGAGGGAAGAGUAUGCUCGAAGGCCUGCGCAGGAAGAGACGGUGAAUAAUCCCAGGAACAACAGGCAUUACUGGAAAUACCGCGUACAUGUAACAAUGGAUACGCUUCUUGAAGACCACAGUCUGGUGACGCAACUGCAGGACAUGAUUCUUACUAGCAAGCGCUGUUCUGCUGCUGGCAUGCCUGCAAAUGGGCACAUUGCCGAUCCUCGUCUCCUAGAUUGAAGUCGGCGAGGGCAGAAUGUUCCCAACCAUCUGAACAAGGUCAGCUCUCUGCUCACACAAAUAGCGCCGCAGGUCGAUAUUGCACCGAUUGUGUGCCUGGCAAUUGCAGGUUACAAAGUGGUGGGAUUCAUCUGUGAGCUAUGGAUCAGUCAGCCCCAACAAUUUUUGCCGCCAGUUUACGGACACCACAGGCCUGUCGGAAAUUUGCAGACCAUGGAAAGCAUGGUGGGACAGCAGUCCUGGAGGACUCUGAAGAUUGACAGUAGGUAAGUCAUAUCUGCAGUGUUUCUGAGAUUUUUCACAUUCCUUUGAGUCCCCGCAACGCAAAGAGCAGAGAGGGAGAGGCUCCGACGCUUGUGGACUCCAUGUUGUAGCAUGGCACUCGAUUACAGGUUGUUUUCUGAGAAAUGAAGAGCACUCUCGCUCUGGAGUUCUCUGAAGCUCGUUUGGGAUGUGCGCCCUCGCCAUUUACAUGCUCGUAACCAUGUGCAUACGGCCAAUCGAAAUGCAGAACUUGUGCCCUAGGUCUCAGUUAGCAUCAUUAAAAGUGCUUCCUCCCGUAUCGUUGAAAUAGUAUGCCCUUGAUUCAGGGGCAGCAUGGCGAAUGCACGUUCCACCUCAGGAUUGAAUUUGUACCGUUAUGUCCAUUCUAGUUUGAUUAACUUCUCUGCCCCUUGCUCUCUCGUCCUGCUUCGUCCCCUUCCUGCGGGUGGAGCGCUGAUUUGUCCAUACCCGAUGAUAUGAGCACUAAGAUCGCCCUCCAAGACCGGAGUGCUAUUCACAGCACAUUGCGGUGUCUGUCCCAUCAGCUUUUAAGGGGGCUUUACUUUCUGAUAGGCUCCUAAUCUUGCUAUUUCCCAUCUUGCAUACCAAAUUCGUUGACAGUGCAGCUUCAUUUGUACAGACCUAACCAAUGCUUUGCCCUUUUUACCAUUUAUAGCCAGACAAGUGCAGCAGCAUUUUGCCAUCGCCUGACGGAUGUAACUCACACUACUGUCAAUCUCGGUCUCAAGCCAUUCACACAGAGAGAGAGAGAGAGAGAGAGAGAGAGAGAGAGAGAGAGAGAGAGAGGUUGUUGAGUGGAGUUGGUGAUGAUGCUGGUGUUAUUGGGAGGAUUGACGUAAUGUUUGCUAUCGACAUGACAUAGUGUUAUAAUGUGUCGAAGGUCAUGGCUAGAGAGAUCCGAGGGAAGGGCAGCACAUGCUGCAUACAGAUUUGAAAGCUGUUGGUAGUCAAGAGCCACUUUCGCGUGAGGUCUAUGGUCACAGGUUGUGGGCUCGAGUGCAUUCUACUAGCGUACACAUGUAACUGCUAGAGAAGUCAGCGGGCAGGGCAGCACAUGCUGCACACAUAUUCCGAAGCCUUUUGAAGUCAAAAGCCACUCGCGCUCGAGGGCUAUGACCACAGGUUGUCGGCUGGAGUGCAUUCCACUACAGUUCAGGUUACUCGUAGACCAGUAGCAGUGCAACUGAGCUGUCCACUGGAGCAGACGAUGAAGUGGCCAUCAUGGCUCUGUAGUUUGGCAACAGGAUUUGUGUGCCAUGGAGAUCAAGACCCCAGCCACUCCCUUAGGACUUGACUACGUAGGCAUGGGUAAAGUAGCCAUGGCAGCACCAUUAACAUACUGAUAUUUUUUAGAGGAAAUAACUUUGUUGCUCAACAGAGAGAGUGGAAAGUCGGCCCUCCUAUGCGUGGGGUGCCCUUUUCACUGCCGGGCUGUUCAAAAAUCUGGCUAUGUUGUGGGGCCCAUGUUUGUAUGGUCAGAAGCUGUCCAGCAUAAUAGAGAUGAAGAGUGAGCAUGAAUGGCUGCUGAUGCGGUGACAAUAGCUCUGCGUUCAGCCACGGAUUACAUAAUGGCUCAGACUCUGAACAAGGCCGCGGUGUCGUUUGAUGUUCAUUCUCAGCUUGCGAUGGAUGGUUUUCUUCCUCUGUACACGGAAAUAAAAUCAUUAUUAUGCUACCGAGGAGCCUUGUCAUGGAGAAGUGUUUUGCUGAGAUGAUGCCCUGUGAUGUUUGAAUAAAGUCCUUUCACAGCAGGUUUGUUGUGGUGGGAUGCAUCACCAUUGCUGAUGUGCCACCAUUGCUGAUGUGCCACUAGAGGCAGUAGUGUGGCUAUUACUGGUGGACAUCAACAUCAAGUCAGAAGCGUCUGCAGUAUUCAUCUCCUGCAUGGACGUGUGCGUCUGCGUGUACGACUUGGGGGCUUCAACGUGGGAUCAGGUCAGGCGAUGAGCAGUUGGAAUAGCCAUCUUCCUCUCCCCAUUCUUCAUUCUCCAUAUCAGUGAGUCGUCAUUACCACGAUGCGAAUAUGACAAUGUGUUCAUACUGACAAUGUGUUAAUACUUGCUGUCAUCUUCAAGGGAUUUACAAACGAGGCUUCUGAAAGUUCUUUCGAUGUCUUGCUGACUUAUAGCAAUUUCUGUGAGAAGUGAAUUGUUUAGCUGGACAAAGACUUGUCCAGCUUACGCAUCACAAUGGAUGAGUCCUGACUGUUCAUAAAUGAGGACGAGGAGGAGGAGGAAGAGGUGUGACCUCGGGUGUAUAUGCCAAUAAUAUAGUGAAGUGCACUCCGGUCCUCCUGCCGACUUGCCUCGUGAAGUCGUCACUUCUCGCUCCGGCUGGUGAUAGGAAUAUACUUCCCAGGGAAGUCAUUAACUUUUUAUAGAGCCUUAUCAAUCAUGCGGCAAACAAUUGCAAUGGGGGGGGGGACCCGGGGGAGGGAAUUCCCUUUUUCUGUCCGGAACUUCCAGAAUUUGGUACUGGAGCCGCCUUGUUGUGUUGUCUGGCUACCUGCCUGCCUAGCCUCCUGACUGUGUAAAUCUUUCGAGUGGCAAGUCCCCAGUUAAGGAUGACGUUGAAGUUCUUCUCGUGUGUGUAAAUCUUAUCCUAACUGAGUGAUGAGUGAUCGAACUUGUAGAUGAUUGGUUGACUUCAAAAUUCAAAUGUUCGGUAGUGCUGGAGGAUGGCGGCAGGUGGUCAAUCGAUUUUGUUCAUGCAGCGCUCUCUGAGCAUUUAUGAGUCGUAUUUUUUUGCAACAGCGAACUCAUUCCAACUCUUUCUCAGCUUAUCUCAACUU